GUUUGAGAGCGAGCAGCCCUUCAGGACUCUGGUCCAGGACGAGAUCUUCUCUCUGCACAAAGUGAUCCAGGAGGCGGGGCUCAGCAGGGCGGAGCUUCAGGAGCAGCUGGAGAGCAUGAGGGAGGAGCUACAGCACCUGGAGCAGGACCACCAGCAGGACGUCCGCAGUCUCUACGCUCAGAUGUCGGGCCGCGAGCUGGACCAGCCCGACGCUCCGAUCAGAACCAGUCUGGACCGGAUCCUGAGCCACAUCCGAAGCCACUGGGAGGCGCUGACGGAGAGGAACCGGGCCGAGACCGACUGCUACCUGGACGGCAAGGAGGCGCAGUGUGUGAGUCUGAGUCCUGAGGAGCAGCAGGUGGAGGCUCUGAAGGCCGAGUGCAGCGACACCUGCUGUCAGAUCCAGAACCAGCAGGCAGAGAGCGAGUCCAUCAGAGCACUGAGGCGGGGUCUGCAGAGCUCCCUGUCAGACGCUCAGCACUGGCAGCAGGUGGAGCAGCAGAACCGGGCCUCAGUGGUUCUGCAGCUGCAGGCGGAGCUGAGCGAGCUGCAGGAGGAGAUCCAGCAGCAGAGACGCCUCUACGACACGCUGCUGAGCAACAAGCAGCGCCUGGAGAGGGACGUGGGCGUGUACCACGGGGUGCUGGACGGGGAGGAGAGCCGCUUCACACCGGUUUCAGGUCUGCACUCAGUGCCCAAGGGAGACUCCAGGACUGACUCUGCAGGACCUCCAGGACCCUGAUCACUGAGGACCCUGA